AUGGCCAACAUUUGGCCUCAUUUGGUCUAUGCAUUGGCAUUUUGCUUGCUGGCUACUAAUUUAGUAGCUGCUGAUUACAAGCCUUACACUUAUGAUUCACCACCUCUGUCGCACUAUGUUUAUAAGUCGCCGCCACCUUCGGCGUUUGCACCACGUUAUUACUCCUAUAAGUCGCCGCCACCUUUGGCGUUUGCACCACGUUAUUACUAUAAGUCGCCAAAUCCAUAUUGGUAUAAGUCCUCACCGCCACCUUCUCCAUCACCUCCUCCUUACUACUAUAAAUCGCCACCACCUCCGAAAAAGUCGCCACCGCCUCCUUAUUAUUAUAAAUCGGCUCCACCUCCGAAAGCAUCCCCUCCAUCCCCAUAUUAUAAGUCGCCACUCCCACCAUCUCCGUCCCCUCAUCCUCAUGUUUAUAAAUCUCCACCACCACCUUCACCAUCACCUCCUCCACCUUAUGUUUACAAGUCACCCCCUUCUCCAUCUCCCUUACCAACUCCUUAUGUUUAUAAAACUCCACCUCCACCAUCUCCAUCUCCUCCUCCUCCAUAUGUGUACAAGUCUCCUCCUCCUCCUCCAUAUGUGUAUAAAUCACCACCACCUCCUCCUUAUGUUUAUAAGUCUCCACCACCUCCAUCACCAUCACCUACCCCUCCGUACAAGUACAAGUCUCCACCACCACCUUCUCCAUCACCUCCUCCUCCUCCAUAUGUCUACAAGUCACCACCACCUCCAUCACCAUCACCUCCUCCUCCUUAUAUUUACAAGUCCCCACCACCACCAUCUCCCUCUCCCCCUCCUCCGUAUGUGUACAAAUCUCCUCCACCACCAUCUCCAUCGCCUCCACCUCCAUAUAUCUACAAAUCCCCCCCUCCACCAUCUCCUUCACCACCUCCUCCAUAUGUUUAUAAAUCGUCUCCACCUCCAUCACCAUCACCAUCACCUCCUCCUCCAUACAUUUACAAGUCUCCACCACCACCUUCGCCGUCACCUCCACCUCCAUACAUUUACAAGUCACCUCCUCCUCCAUCACCAUCGCCUCCUCCUCCUUAUGUUUACAAGUCCCCACCUCCUCCAUCUCCAUCACCACCACCUCCUUACUAUUAUAAGUCUCCUCCUCCACCAUCUGCUUCACCACCUCCUCCAUAUGUCUACAAAUCACCACCUCCACCUUCUCCUUCACCACCUCCUCCAUAUGUCUAUAAGUCGCCGCCACCGCCAUCACUAUCACCUCCUCCUCCAUAUAUUUUUGUCACAUACGUUUACAAGUCCCCACCUCCUCCGUCUCCCUCUCCUCCUCCUCCAUACAUUUACAAGUCAUUGCCACCACCUUGUCCUUCACCUCCUCCUCCAUAUAUCUACAAAUCACCACCACCACCACCUUCUCCUUCACCCUCUCCUCCAUACAUUUAUAAGUCACCCCCACCCCCAUCUCCAUCACCACCUCCUCCAUAUGUCUACAAAUCACCACCACCACCCUCGCCUUCACCUGCUCCUCCAUACGUUUACAAGUCUCCACCACUGCCUUCUCCAUCACCUCCUCCUCUAUACAUUUACAAGUCACCACCUCCUCCAUCACCAUCACCUCCUCCUCCUUAUGUCUACAAAUCCUCACCUCCUCCAUCUCCAUCGCCACCACCACCUUACUACUAUGGGUCUCCUCCCCCACCAUCUCCUUCACCUCCUCCUCCAUACUAUUACAAAUCACCACCACCUACCAAAGGUUACUAAACAAGUCACUGAUUCCACUCGAAGCUACUCCACUUCAUCAAUACACAAUGUUGACAGACAAUAUUUGUUGACUACAUUCUGGAGCCAGAUUUUUUUACUUUAAUUCAUUAUUGUAAACUUC